CAGAAGGUACCCAAGAGCCACCCUGGGACCCUUAACCUCUGAAGCAGCCAACAAUGUGUGUCUAGGCCUAUGUAUCAGAAAUAAGGACCUCUUGGGACAGACAGUCAUCCAGAAUGGAGAGGGACAAGGCCCCACAGCUGCUAACUCCUGCCUCAGUAAAAACCAUCAUCUCAAGAGUUGAGACUGCCCAGCUUGCUCGGGCUCAGGAGGAUAUUUCUACCCAGCUCUCAGGCAUCUUGGACAAUGUCAAUGGUGUCAUCAACCGCUUUCAGGAAGACUUGGGAUAUGAUUUAAAAGAAAAGACAAAAUCUUACCAUACGGAGCAAAAGGGCAAGAAGAGAUUCAUCUUGUUAGAGAAAAUUGCUUCCUUCUCCAAAGAUGCUAAGACUAAAGAAAAGCACCUGUAUGAAAUCCUCCACUGGCUGGGGGACUGGGGUGACAGCCUGUCCUACGAGAUCAGGAACAGGAAGAGCGAGGAGGAAGAGGAAGCCCUGAAUGAAUGGGUUGAAGUAAUAGAAAAAGUGCUACCUCUCUCCCUUGUCACCACCAAAGGAGGCAUAGAGUCUCUCGUUUCCCUUUGUUCUGCUCUCAUUGAAGAACAAAAGAAAAGGUCACAAAUACCCAAACACAUCUUCUGGCAGGGCUGGAGGGAGAAAAGCCCACAAAAAUCUUCACCCUCCCCUCAGCCACUGAGCCCAGAACAGAUGCUCCAGGACAAGCACGCCACCUGUACAAAGGUCUCUGAGGUGACAUCCAUGUUGCAGGAGCUCCUGGACUCCACCAUGUUCAACAAGGGAGAGGUCAAGGCCAUCAGGUACAUGUCCACUGUGGUAGAGAACCUCAACAAGGCCUUGAUCCUCCAGCAGAAGGAGAACAGGAACCUGGAAGCCAGAUACAAGUGUUUGCAAACAGAGAUGGCCAUGGAGCUCAGCACCCAGAGGCUGCACUUCCAGAAGUCCAUCCAAGAUCUCGAGAGUGAGAGGGAUGCUCUCCUAAGGCAGAUAGCGAUUCUUGGUGGGAAGUGCCAUGACCUUGUCCUGACAAAGCAUGCCCUAGAGUUUCAGCUGAAGAAGAUUCAGAUUGCUAGAGGUCCAGCUGGAGACCCAGCUGAGGUGUCUCUUGACUUCUCAGCUGCCCCUGAGGAAAAAACCCUUCCACAGACAGGAGCAGUCAUGGAGGAGGCCCCACAGGAGCCCAGGGAGGAGGAGCAGCUGUCUUCACCACUUUCCUCAAGUCCCAUAGCCACAGCCUGGGACAGUGGGGUGACUCCUCCAACAUGUCAACCACUCUCCACCACAAGCAUGCAUUCAGGGAUCACAGAUGUGUUCAAGGACACUGAGAUCCUUGAAUCUGUGUUGUCACCCUCAGAAAAUCACCAAUUUCCUACAAGAUGGGAAAGACUGGAGGCAGAAAGCUCAGCCCACAAAGACAAAAAACAAGGGGACUGUUUCUCAGAAAAGGAAAGAGCCCAAAUGAAGCUGCAUUUUAGGAAGCACCUGUCCCCAGAGAGCUCUGGGGAGGUGCCCUUGGAGAGCCCAGCAGGGCACUGGGAAGAGGAGCUCGUCUGGCAGAGGCGAAGGCAGCAGAGGCUGCAGGAGGAGGAGCUGUGGCUGCAGCAGCAGAGGAAGUGGGCACUGCUGGAGCAGGAGCACCAGGAGAAGCUGCGGCGAUGGGAGAUGGAGGCAGCCACCAGCCUGCAGCAGCAGACACUCGCCUGGCCAGAAGAGGGACGAUGGAGCCUAAGGAGGGAGCCAGUUGGGCCAAGGGAAGACACUAAGAGACCGAUCUUCACAACCACCGGUCGGUGGAGGAACUUGGAACAGGCAGAGCCUCCCCCAAGCCGGGCCCGAUCCGCUUGCCAAGGCAGGAGGCCAUACUUGCCCAGGUCCUCCCCUCCCCAGCAGCCUGGCCCAGGAAGCCAGAGGAUAAUGAGUUCAACCAAGUGUACCCAGAUGCCACAGGCCAGCCGCAUUCCCACCAAGCCCAAGAAAUCUGCCUCCUUUCCUAUCACUGGGACAUCCAUCCGAAGGGUGACCCGGUCCUCUCCGCAGAGACCUCUGGUCACCCCUAAGGACAAAGUGUACCACAUGGACAUGGAGGCCCAGAGGAAGAACUUGCAGCUCCUGAGUGGGGGGCCCAAGCCAGGGCUGCCACAUUACCUGCACAGCAAGGCCUUGGAGCUUACCACCACUACCAUGGAGCUCAACGCACGCAGGCUGCGGUACCUAUGCCAGAAGUAUGUUCUCUACAGACACUUUCAGAGCCUGCGACAAGCAGUGAUCAGCCACAUGCAAGUUAUGGGAAAAACGAGGGCCAUCAGCACAGCCCAGAGACUCCAGGUUCUGGGAAAUGUUGACCGCCAGCAGAGGCUUAGGUUGCAGGCCUGGGAAGACAAACAGAAGGAUCUGGAGGAGAAGCACAGAGAGUGUCUGAGCAGCAUGGUGACCAUCUUCCCUAAGCUCCGCCUGAAGUGGGACAUUCACCUGAACAUCCCUGUGGUCGUCUCUUCAAAGCCAAGGAAAUGCAAGUCACCUCCAACCUUAUCCCGGCGGAUCCACUCCAGCACCCCUACCUGCAAGAGAUCUUUUCCACCCAGACAUCAGGAAUGUGUGCCCCUUUGGGCAGUCAGCCAACAGGGGAACCAGACAGAGGCCAUCUGGAAGACUGAUGUGGCCUCCUCUAGUCACCCAAUAGAGAAAAAGACCCCUGCCAACCUGUCCUGGUUGGGGGGAUACCCAGAUAUGCCCAGGCUGGUAGCACUGGAUGAGCAUUCCUCCCACCAUGGAAACUUGACAUCCCUCACAGUCUGUGCCUCUGAGACCCAGAGGAAGGAAUGCCAGGAACACAGAGAGGAGCCAGCUGAGCUUGUCUGCAAAACGUUGAGCCAGUCACUACCUGGAACCCUGCAAGACCAGAAGGAGUGAAAUAGUUCUAGUCCCCAUUCCAUCCCUUAGCUAGUGAUUCUCAAACUUCAGGGGGACUAAAAAUCACACAGGGACUUGUUCCAAAUGCAGGUUCCUAGCUAGUGCUUUUAAAGAAAAGCACUAAAUCUUCCUAGAACUUUGAGAAAUGCUUUUUCUUGAGUCCCCAAACUGAACACUACUUUCAAUAAA